AUGAGAAAGGAAGCAGAAGCACAAGUGGAAUUGGCAAAAAAGAGAUGCAGAGAUGUGAUCGACCGAAUAGAGGGAUUGCCAGCUUCCACCAAGAUCACUGCUUCUUGCAGACGCACUCUUCUCAAAUUGGCCCACUCCGAACUCACUUUUCUCUGCCGCUGUUGCUCCUCCUCCUCUACUUCCACUCCCCUCAACCUCAGUGUCAAUAUCGGGCACCUCGAGGCAGUUGUUCACCUUGUCCAGCAGCCUUUCAUCACUGGUGUUUCCCGCGUUUGCAAGCCAAUUCCUUUGUCAACUUUAGCCCCACAUCCACAUGGGCAGAAAACCGACCCUUGUCUUAAAAAACAUGUCCACGUUGAUAUAGUUUGUACUCUCCAUAGGAACCCUGUCUGGAUUAUUGUAUCUGAUAGGAACCCAAAAUACAUUACUUGGAGUGGCAGCAGCUGCGGAUCCCCUUACAAAAGGGAUAAGAGUAAGGGAUUAAAAUUGCGUAUUCAGCAAGUCACUGCUGCUGCCCGGUCAGCCGUGGCACUGAAACCUUCCUCAAUUAUUCUCUUCUUUUCAAACCGAAAUGGACUUAGCAGCAUUGUUUGCAAUAAACUCAAAGAUGAAUUUGGGGCCACUGAGUUUCAAUUGGAUUUUCCUGUUUUAGAUUUUAAUUUUGAUUUAUCCAAGGAAGCAGGUGAAUGGACUAAUGUACUUGUUGCGAGAACAUAUCAAGAGGCUUGUGCAUUCGAAAUAAAGGUUAGUGAUACAAGGAACGCUGUUUUGAGUUCAGAAUCUGAUGUGAAGGAUUCAAGCCUGGGAGAGGCUGCUGAUACUGAGAAAGAUCCGUCCAUCCCAACAGGGCACACAGAAUUUUGCUGUGCUUUCUCUAAUCUUAUUUCAAGAAUGGAAUUCUACUCAUUGUAUCUAAAAAAUGGGGAAUCCGCUCAAGUUGGGAGUCUUCUGGGUCAAAGUGAACUUAUAAACUUUGAUACAACUGCCUUGAUUGCUCUUGUAUCAGGUAUUAGUAAUGGUGGCACUCCAAAACUUUUGGCUACUCCAGAAAGUGAAUUGAGGCAGCGGUUUAAGGGUAACUACGAGUUUGUGAUUGGACAGGUGAUGUCUGAAAUUCAGAAUCCAAUUCUUGUUGAACUUGGUCGCACAAUAUCUGGGAAGAGAGGCAUAAUCUGUGAAAGUGUUCGUUCAGAGUUCAAAGAGUUAGUAUUGAUGUGUGGAGGGCCCAAUGAGAAGUUGAGAGCUAGUCAAGUUUACGUGAAUGGUCUUACGGUUGUUCCUGAUAGUCCUUCUGAACGCAUGAUGAACCUUCCAACCACUAGAAAACUGGCUUUGAAGAAUAAGGUUGUUUUUGGUACUGGUGAUUACUGGUGUGCUCCAACUGUAACGGCAAAUAUGGCAUUUGUGAGAGCAAUUUCACAAACUGGGAUGUCCUUGUUUACCAUUGAGCACAGACCUCGGGCUUUGACUGGUGAUUAG